CAACCAGGAAGGGAAUCGAAACCCUAACAAUGAGGGCUGUGAGGGGGACAGUGACGUCAGCGCGGCGGAUCUCCGUCACCAAGGCGGCGAUGAUCAUGGCCCGCUUCGCCGACGCCGGAGCUGAGACCGGAGCUCGUUCUGAUGUCGCUGCGUAUCUCCGUUGCGCUUCAGCUGGCUUCGAGGAGCUCGCCCAUGUCCAUAGAGAGCUCAGAGGCGAGCGCAGGAGAUCUCAGGAUGAGAUUCAUGGCGGAGAAGAGGAGAAUGAGAAAGGGGAGAAGGAGAGGAAGAGGAAGGAGAAGAGAAACCCUAGGUUGGAGGAGUUGGGUGGGAAGUGGAAAAGUAGUGACCUUGAUGGGGGAAUUGGGGAGAAAAGUGUGGGUUUUGAGGAGAAGAGGGAUUUAGAGGAUAAUGGGCUUGUUUUGGAAGUGGAGAAGGAGAAGAAAAGGAAGAAGAAGAAAAGGAAAGAGAAUGAUUUGGAUAAGACUGAGGCUGGAGAAGAGGAAAAAAGUGAGAGUAUGAUUAAUGAAAAGAAGAAGAGGAGCAAGAAAGAUAGGAAUUUGGAUAACAGUGAAAAUUUGGGAGAAGAGGAAGAGGAUGGGAUGAAGAAGGAAAAUAAGAGGAGGAACUCUGUAAUGGAUGAAACUGAGUUUGAGGUGGAUGGAGAUGGGAAGAAGAGGAAGCACUCUAAAGAUGGAGUUGUAGAUGAAAGGGAGUUGCACAAGAAGAAGAAGAGGAAAACCAAAGAGCAACAAAGUUAACACUUUGUGGUGAGGUUUUUUGAGAUUGUGUUUGAGAGGUAAACUUUGUUGUACCAAAGAAUUAGUCUUGUCGGAUUUCAAUAGUCUUAUUUAAGAUGUGUUAAGAAUUUUUUUUUGGA